UUAAACAAUGGGGAUUAGACACGGACACUGAACCACGGGCACAGUUUUCGGACCGCCACACUUCCCCGCUCCUUGGCUCGGUCAUCAUCAUCUCUACCCACAAUGCCUGUGUUCUACUCUCCGAUUCCUGAGAACCUGCAGAUGGGCCUGGCCUACAUGGGAGGCUCUGUGUUCACCAACAACAGGACGGCAGACAGCGACUUCAAGCGGCAGCAGGAGGACGCCUCCGUGGUCAACCAGCUGGUUUCCCACCUUCCUCUUCAAAUGCUCCUCUACUUCAACAUGUUUUACUUCCCCUGCUGGUGGUUCUCUGCUGUGUUCAUGCUGGAAGUAAAGUACCCCUAUCUUCCAGGGUACUACCAGGCUCUGCUCAUCACUGGGAUUGUCCUCCUCACACUCAUAGAAGUAAUCCGGCUUUAUCUGGGCUACAUCGGCAACCUUAAAGAAAAGGUGCCAGAGCUGGCCGCCUUCUGGCUCCUGUCUUUCAUGUUCCAGCUGCCGGUGCUGCUGUUCUUCCUGACCGACGAGGGGAUCCUCAUCCUGCCCCUGGAGAGAGCCGUCCACUCCCUCUACCUCACCUUCCUGCUCGCCCAGAUCGUGGCCUCUUUCCUGGCGCUCAGGACCAUGACCCGAAAGCUCACUCUGCUCUUCCAUCUGCGCCAGAUUGGCGCGGGGCGGCAUUUCCACCGCGCGGGCAUGAGUCCCGUCUACGGGCUUUCCUAUCAGCGCAGCGUGCUGCCUGUGUCACCCAUUCACCACAUGUACCAUUAA